AUGGCGGAUUACGGUCUCCCCGAAAAUCCCUUCGAUUUCGAAAACCGGAACGGGCAGUGGGAUGACGAAGUUGAAGUUAAAUAUGACUACGUGAUUCUGAACGUGAUCAACCGAGGUUCCUUCGGGGUGGUUUACCAAGCCCGCGACACGAGAACCAAGGAGACCGUGGCGCUCAAGGAGGAGCUCCGAGGCCUCACCCGCUCAACCAAGAUGGAGAUCGGAAUCCUCGAAUUCCUCCAGCCCCACCCCAACAUCGUCGGGUUCAAGAGACCCUUGUUGGCCAACGGCCGCAUCUUCGUCGUGAUGGAGCACGUCGAAUCCGACCUAAAAACCCUAAGGGAGCAAAUGGAGAAUCCCUUCCCGCCAAAAUUAAUAAAAACCCUAAUUUUUGAGAUACUAAAGGGCGUGGCGUACCUCCACGAGAAUGGGGUGAUGCAUAGGGAUCUCAAGCCGGCCAACGUUCUCUACGGGAGAGAGGGUAGGGUCAAGAUCUGCGACUUUGGGCUCGCGGCCGAUGUUAGACUUCCCUGGGGCCUGGGAGUGGGGACAAGGAUCUACAAGGCCCCUGAGACUCUAUGUGAAUGGGAAGGGUGUACGGAUAAGGUCGAUAUCUGGUCAGUGGGGUGCAUGAUGGCGCAAUUUGUGUUGGAUGCGCCCCUCUUUCAUGCGCGGUCGGACGAACAUCAGCUUGAAUGCAUACAGGAUGUGCUCUGCGGCCGGACCAACCUAAUAGAGCUCAUAGUGUCUAUUUCAGGGGAGACCAUGCUCAGUCAAUCGGGAUUGAAUUUGCUUAAGAAGCUUCUCGCGUACUACCCGUGCGAGAGGAUAUCAGCCAUAGAGGCUCUCGAACACCCUUGGUUCACUGAAGAUUGA